ACAGAAAACAAACUCAAUGUGUUUAAUGGUGAGUAACACGAGAGAUGAGGAUUCAAAGUUGCGUGAAGCAUCUCUCUCGUGUGUUCAAUAUGAGUUUUCCACAUCUUAAGCAAUGCUAUCAACUAAUGUACUGAAAAAAGCCACUCCUAGCAAACAUCACGCAAAUGCAGAGUGUCACAACAUGGAUCACCGGAACAAGAGAUAAAUAAAUAAAAACACCCAGUUCUUGCCUCUGAACUAUUUGGAGAGAAAAUUCUUUCCAGACGUGGACUGCACCUUAAUGCUAAGGGCAAGAAACUUCUCAGUUAUAAAAUUAUGGGAUUAUUGGUUGCAACUCACAGAAACAAUAUUAAUAAUGUGCUGAUAACAGGAGAACCAUGUUUAGCUUACCAGCCAUAUACAAUAGCUCAUCAAACCUUACCAACUGUAGCAGCAGAACCGACACUAUCUACUGAUAAAACACGGAUGUCACCAACACCAACAGCAAUGUUACCUUCUCUAGAAACAACAGCAAUUACAGAAGAAGCAUUAUUGUCACCCAAACAAACAUCACAACUACUAUUACCAGAGUCAGUUGUUAUGCCAGCAUCACCAAUGACAGAAGCAUCAGCCUCCACAACUUCGGUAGAAGAAGAAACUAUAGCAAUAGCAGCACCAAUAGAAGACUCCUGUGCCCCACCAUCAACAUCUCAACAGGCCACAACCAUAGUCUCCAAGGUCCCAUCUCCAGUAUCACCUGAAGGAGCAGAAAAAGAAGAGAACAAUGAGACACAUUUUUCAAAGCUUCUACCGUCCACUGAAAUGUCUGCUUCAACUUAUCCAAGAAAAAGCCAUAGAAGUAGAAGACCUGCUGUUCACAAAGACUAUUUUUUUAUGGGAUCAGUGCCGCACCAAGAAACAGAGGAAAGCACAAGUCAAAUCGUAAGUAAUGUGUGCAUAAGCAGGCCCCUUAACAGGGAACCAGUCAGUAAAUCAAGUAUCAAUCCUGAUGUAUUGAGAUAUUCUAAUUUAACACCCAUAAACUGCAACUUUAAAUCUGUAUUGAAAGAUAAGUUCUGUAUAUUCCACCAAAAUAUCAUGAGCCUUAGAGGAAAAUUGGAGCUUUUGGGUCUCAUGUUAAAUGAAAACCAACCUCACAUAUUGUACUUUACAGAACACCAUGUAAGGUCUGCCAUGCUGAUGCCCCAUCUGCAAGGUUAUGUUUUAGCUGAUAGUUACUGUAGAUUAAACAGAGAGAAAGGUGGAUCUGUAAUUUAUGUCAAAGAGGGUAUACCUCAUAAAUCACUUGACUGA